ACUAGCCAAUGAGAGGCGCUAGCAGGCGGAACUGAAAUAAAUGUACUGUUUCCGUUUCCGUCAUUCCACCCUUUAUCUUCUGGCUUGGCAGUCGACUGGCAGCCCGCUGUUGCCAAGAUGCAGAUCUUUGUGAAAACCCUGACGGGUAAAACUAUCACCCUCGAGGUUGAGCCCAGUGAUACUAUUGAGAAUGUGAAGGCCAAGAUCCAAGACAAGGAAGGUAUUCCCCCUGACCAGCAGCGUCUGAUCUUUGCUGGCAAGCAGCUGGAAGAUGGACGCACGCUGUCAGACUACAACAUCCAGAAAGAAUCCACCUUGCAUCUGGUCCUGCGUCUGCGGGGAGGCAUCAUUGAGCCAUCCCUUCGUAUGCUGGCUCAGAAGUACAACUGCGACAAAAUGAUCUGCCGCAAAUGCUACGCCCGUCUUCACCCUCGCGCAGUGAACUGCCGCAAGAAGAAGUGCGGACACACCAACAACCUGCGCCCCAAGAAGAAGCUGAAGUAAACUGGAGACCCCGGGACUACCGGCUCUCACUGUCCACAAAGCUGUUUCAAAUAAAAGGAUUUCAAAAAAGGGUGCCUUGUGAACUUUUUUUAUUUUGAAUUUACAUAAUUUCUUAAAAUCUUUGCCAAUGCAGGUUAUAGCAAAUCAAGCCAUACGCAUGUCAAACCAGAGGUUUAAGGAAACCGUUUAUCCAAUUGAUGAAACUUCAUUGGACAGUCUUUAGUAAGAUAUCAGACUCUUAAUUUAAAUACCCCAUUUCUAAUCAAUACAAAGUUCUUUCUAGUUCUUUUUAAUACUGUUGUACAUCUGUUUUAUAGUUAACCAUCUAAAACAAUACUUUUGCAGAUUCAACUAUCAAAAUUGAGAAUAUUUUAAACCCCUACUUUAAUCUGUAGACCAUAGAUAUCAAAUGGGAAGUAUCAGUCUGUUGUGUUGUGUUCCACAAUACAGUGAAUUGUUAAAUGUGUUCCUCUUUGUAGGCAACUGUAUUUGAGUGCAUCCCUAGGUGGGAUUUAAAAAUUGAAGAUCUUUUUGAAAUAAUUUGGAGUGUUGUAUAGCUAGUAAUUGUCAUUUCCCUUAGGGGGCAGCAUAUAUAUAUAUAGUUGAUGCUAUAAUUACACAGCAGAAAGCUUUGUUAUAACAGGCACGCAUAUUACUUUUAUUUACAAGGGUAGCUCAUGAGCUACAGGUACUAUACAAUUGUAACUAAAUAAAUGAAAUUUUUUACCUGA